AUGGAGAAGCGCAUGCUGCUCGGCCUCGUGGUGGCGGUGCUCGCCUUGCUGCCCCAUGCCAGGGCCACCUUUUCAUGCAACAGCAAAGGCGACUGUGCCGAGGUGAACGACCAGACCGGGUACGACCCACGCUUCAAGUGCACCACGGACGGGAGGUACUGCACGACCAAUGGCCCCGAUCCCGACGAAGGGAAGCGGCUGUCAGUGACGGGCAAGGAGCUGAAGGACAAGGCCCUGCGCAUGCUCUUUGAGGUGUGGGCCGGCAACGACUUCGCCAACGUCGACCAAUUCGUCAGCUCCUCCCACGUCUUGACCUCCUCGCACUUGGCCCGCCCGCUGGUGGGCCAUGACGGACUGAAGGACUACAACUCGCACAUGCUCACUUCCUUCCUCGACUAUUCGUUCAUCGUGGAUGACAUUAUCCAAGAAGGCAACAAGGUUGUUCUGCGCUUCCAGUUCUUUGGUACCCACACGGGCGACUACGAGGGCUUCCCCGCGACAGGCCGCUUCGUGCGGGUGCGCGACUGCGUCUGCGUGUUUGACUUCUGGAACGGCAAGAUCCAGCAGACGCUGCUCGUGUGGCCACAGAGCAACCUGCUCAAGCAGCUCAGCCAGGAGCCCACCGUCGCCAUCAAAGGUCCCACGACCAGCGGGGACAUGGAGUCCUCACCCAAGCUCAGGGGUCCGUAA